UCAGCGUACCUCGCGUUAGCCUUCCUCAUUGUUGCCUCCCCGUACUCUCUCUGACUCUCUCCAUCUCUUCCCGUUCAGAUCCACAUCAUGACCACACCUCUGAUCCAGCCAUGGCCUCCCCGUGCCUCUCCUCUCCAUCACUCACCACCACCGCCAUAACAUGGAGCUCAGCCGUCCAGCGUUUCUUCCUCCAUCGUUCCUGCUACGCCGGUCUCCACCACCGCCUUCUCUAAGUUCACCUUUGGCUCCCGAUGUCGCCGUGUCUCGAGCUGCGUUGCUUCCCUCUCCAACAGGCCACCUUCCCCUCAUCUCAGAUCCCUCCGUCCGUGGUCAUGGAUGAUGUGCAGGCCGCCCGUGCUGCUCCUGGAGCUGCCCUUCUCGAGCUCGGUGUUGCUGUGCUCCCCAACCCCCUCCGCCAGCGUCAGAUCCGGCAAGCUGGCCCAAGAGCACCAGCAUCACGCCCUCCCCACCAUGGUAGGCCGAGCUCCUCCUCACGCUGGCCUCCUCCAUCAAGGUCGUCGAGCUCCCUCUCCUCUGCAACGGCCUCGAGGUCGACACUACCACAGAAUUGUCUAGCCCAUCGACGACGAUGGCUCCUCCUCAUGCUCAUCGGACUCGUGCACAAGUCCUCUGCAAGUCUGCAUUGGGAAGCAGAUACAGUUUUUCUUGGUGGGCGUGGUUUUGGAACAGCCAUGUCUUCUCUAAUUUUGACAGUGCUUGAGUUUAGAGUAUGGUUAUACUUUUGCUUAGGGGUAAUUGCUUUUCUUACUGGUGCUCUUGAUUAUGAAGAUGGUCAACUAGACACUAAGAGAUAUGGCGAGCAAUAUGCUAGCAAAGGGGAAGAUGUUGACCUCAUGUUGCUCCCUGAGCAGAUACCUUCCUAUAGAGAUCCAGUUCACAGCAAAAAAAUGGUGUUGAAUUCGCCGCCGGCUCCGAGACCUCGACCGGACGGACGGAAGGCGGAUUGAAAUCGUUGCUAUGGCGCCGUAUAUUAUAUGCAGUCCCACGUUUUCCUCUUCCUUUAUUUAGCUCUGGCGGCAGCACGGGCAGACGAGCAGCAGCAGUACGGGUAGACGAGCAGCAGCAGUACGCGUAGAUGAGCAGCAGCUGUACAGGCAAAGGAGCUCCACCGGCGGCAGGGG